UGGGACAAAAAAAAGCAUAAUAAACUUUGAAAUUUGUGAUUUUCUUUAUAUUUUAAAGGAUUUUAAGGAAAUUUCAGGGCAAAAAUCUAUUCACAGACUUCAAACUUUAUUAGAGACACGACUGAAAGUAAAACACAUCCACAAAAAUGGCUUUGGCAAUGCAAAAACGGAAUAAUGUUCGUCUGCCUCCAGAAGUAAAUCGAGUGUUAUAUGUCAGAAAUUUACCCUACAAAAUCACCUCCGACGAAAUGUACGAUAUUUUUGGCAAAUACGGAGCCAUCAGACAGAUUCGGGUCGGAAACACACCGGAAACGCGAGGAACUGCCUUCGUCGUUUAUGAGGAUAUUUUCGAUGCAAAAAAUGCCUGCGACCAUCUUUCGGGCUUCAAUGUGUGUAAUCGGUAUCUGGUCGUGCUCUACUACCAAUCGACAAAGGCAUUCAAGAAACUCGAUAUCGACAAGAAACAAGAAGAGCUGGACAAGGUCAAGACAAAGUACAACAUCAACUCGGACGAUUUGAGGAAAUAAUUAAUAAAAUCUAUAAUUUUAUUUGAUAAGAAAUUCGGAUGUU